AUGCUGGCCGAAUACGAAGAGGAGGAAGAGACUGCGUACCGCAGAGCGAAGGAGGUUUUUGAGUUGCGCGAGGUGGAACGCAGCGUUAAGCAGUCAAGUUCCUACGACAGAUUCUCGGACAGAGGAGGAGACUCGUUCAAGGACCUUGAGGGCGAGCCUUUCAUGAGCUAUGAGGAGUUCACGCGGCACAGGGAGCUGACGUCGUUGAAGCUUUCGGCGCUUUACCGGAACCUGUUGAAGGAGCCGUACACGAAGGACGUGGAGCUCAAGGGCGAUGUCAAGGCGGCACUCGAGGAUGAGGAUGAGUGGGACAACAUGAGCAGCUACGACAAGUGGGUGGUGCAGCUGUUCCAUCGGGAGGUGGUGGACAUGUUUGGUGGCUUGGCGGUCGUUGACAAGGCGCUGCUGCCCAUUGGGCUGAUGACCAUGCUGAGGCAGAGCCGAUUCCAGUGGCAGGGCUGA